AUGCACCACAGACGGAUACAGACACAGGAUGCACCACAGAUGGAUACAGACAGAGGCUGCACCACAGACGAAUACAGACAGAGGAUGCACCACAGACGGAUACAGACACAGGAUGCACCACAGAUGGAUACAGACACAGGAUGCACCACAGAUAUAUACAGACAGAGGAUGCACCACAGACGGAUACAGACACAGGAUGCACCACAGAUGGAUACAGACAGAGGCUGCACCACAGACGAAUACAGACAGAGGAUGCACCACAGAUGGAUACAGACACAGGAUGCACCACAGAUAUAUACAGACAGAGGAUGCACCACAGACGGAUACAGACACAGGAUGCACCACAGAUGGAUACAGACAGAGGCUGCACCACAGACGAAUACAGACAGACGAUGCACCACAGAUGGAUACAGACACAGGAUGCACCACAGACGGAUACAGACAGAAGAUGCACCACAGACGAAUACAGACACAGGAUGCACCACAGAUGGAUACAGACAGAGGAUGCACCACAGACGGAUACAGACACAGGAUGCACCACAGAUGGAUACAGACAGAGGCUGCACCACAGACGAAUACAGACAGAGGAUGCACCACAGACGGAUACAGACACAGGAUGCACCACAGAUGGAUACAGACACAGGAUGCACCACAGAUAUAUACAGACAGAGGAUGCACCACAGACGGAUACAGACACAGGAUGCACCACAGACGGAUACAGACAGAGGAUGCACCACAGACGGAUACAGACACAGGAUGCACCACAGAAGGAUACAGACAGAGGAUGCACCACAGACGGAUACAGACACAGGAUGCACCACAGAUGGAUACAGACAGAGGAUGCACCACAGAUGGAUACAGACAGAGGAUGCACCACAGACGGAUACAGACACAGGAUGCACCACAGAUGGAUACAGACAGAGGAUGCACCACAGACGGAUACAGACACAGGAUGCACCACAGACGGAUACAGACAGAGGAUGCACCACAGACGGAUACAGACACAGGAUGCACCACAGACGGAUACAGACACAGGAUGCACCACAGAUGGAUACAGACAGAGGAUGCACCACAGACGAAUACAGACACAGGAUGCACCACAGACGGAUACAGACACAGGAUGCACCACAGAUGGAUACAGACAGAGGAUGCACCACAGACGGAUACAGACACAGGAUGCACCACAGACGGAUACAGACACAGGAUGCACCACAGAUGGAUACAGACAGAGGAUGCACCACAGACGAAUACAGACAGAUCAUGUAG